GCGAAUUUGAAUUAAAAGUUAAUAAAAAUUUUUAAAAAUUGAAAAACAGCAAUGCUCCUUGCCGCCAUUUAGAGUAUCCUUAACCACCCCCAGUUCGUCCUUCAAAAACUGUCACUAAUUAAAUCCCCAGUUAGAGUAAGGUUAGAUUUAAAAAACGAAAACAAACCGCACAAAAUGAAACUCGAUGACGAUUUAUGCCCCCAUUAUUUAAACCUUGACUUCAGUGAGAAUUUUUUAAGCGAUGCCGAACUCAAAAUAUACGUUGAAGAUCCGUACCCCAUACACAAACCAUUACGAUAUUCGAAGACGGACGUAAUUUGUAAAUACAAUGAGGAUAUUGAAACAUACAACGACCAACUAAAUUCUCUAAGCAAGGAUUUCCCAGUGGUCAAAAAUACAAUCAUGAAUCAGUCAUUUACAAACUCACAUGCAACAGUUACAAAGGGAAUGCUGAAUUUUUGCAAUAAUGUAAGUAGGGAAGCUGCGUUUCCUUGCGAUUAUAAUCCUUAUUAUGCAAGUGGAGUCCUAGAAUACUUGAGCUUAGAUACAGGAUUUUAUUUAGUACGACCAGACUGCAGAAAUAAUUUACGGCUUAUCAAUGUGGAAAAUCCAUGGAAGAACAAGAAACUGCAAAUAAAUCAACAGUUUAAUGAACCUAUUACAGGCCUUUCAUCAUAUGAUAAUUCAGAAAAUGUGUUGCUUUUACUAAAACACAAAAAAGAGUUAAAUUUGUUAACACUUGCAGAUGUCGAUGACACAGAUAUUUGUUACACUAAAAACUUCAAAAUAAACAUAUUGGAUGCCAAAAUUAAUAAGACAAAAAUGUGUGUAGUUUUGUCCAACAGCAAGGUUCAAUUAUAUGACAUUGAAACUCAUCAAAAGUGUGACUUGACAGUGUAUGAUCUCAAUGAUGUAACUCGAGUAGAAUUUAUUGAUGAAAAUAAUAUCUUCAGUUUGGAGCAAAAAAAACUGAAAAUGUUUGAUUUACGGGCCCCUAAUUAUAAACUUUUCAAACCGGACGUAAACGACUGUAAUUACUUAUGUUCUGUAAAAAGUAGUGAUAACGUUGUAUAUUUGAGCACAAGGCAUCUUUUAAUGAUGACAGAUCUCAGAUUCCUCAAAAAUGUAGAAUUUUGUACACACUUGAUGAAAUCAUCACCAUGCUACAUGGAUAUAGUUGAUAAUAUUCUCUGUUUGAGUAGUCAGAAAGCUAAUGAAAAAGUUUUAUUUGGAGGGUGCCCUAUUAGCAGCUUACCAGUGACUAUUCCUAGUAUUUUGGAAACUUUGGAUAAAUGUAGAUUACAAAAGGACAUUCUUUUAAAACCUCAAGUUGGCGAACGGUUACGAAAAUCCAUAGGAGGACUAAAAUUACUUUCUCACAAUAAUGACUUAUUUCUUUAUUGCGUCAACUCUGCAGGUGACAUUUUCAAGCAACAAAUUUGCAAAAACCCUCCUUCUGAUGAUACAGAUCCAGGUCAGAAUCUUUAUAAAUGGAUAAAUUGUUUACCGAACGACUCUCAGCCUCUACAUCUUACCAAUGUAGCAAAUUUAAGUGAAGCUCGAUUUAGCUUAAAUGAAAGUUUGGAUGAAACACGCUUCCAAAAAUUUACCAGAAAACCAAAAAAAGUCAAUUAUUUCCUCAAUAACUUCAAGAAAAAAUACCACAAGGAUAAUUUAGGCGAAUUAGCCGCCAAUUUCCUCUCAAUCUGGGAAGAAGACGACGAAGAAGAACGGCAACAAGUCAACUUUGUACCAGAAGUGGCUCCACGCGAUAAAGUCAGCGACUGGAUUGAAUCCAGCUAUUUUUUCGAUUAA